AUGUGCUUCGGCAGCCGAGACAAGGGCGAUCGCGGUCAAGCCCGCUCUCGCGACAUUGAUCGCCAGAUCCGACAGGAUGAGAAGCGGCUUUCCAAGGAGGUUAAGCUCCUCCUAUUAGGAGCUGGAGAGUCUGGAAAAUCCACCGUCCUCAAGCAGAUGAAGCUCAUCUACUCCCAGGGCUUCAGCAAGAACGAGAAGCUCGAGUGGAAGCCCGUCAUCUUCAGCAACAUUGUCCAGUCCUUCAAGGUCAUCUCAGAGGCCAUGAGCGAGCACAAUAUUGCUUUUGAGAACCCCGAUAACGAGGCAAGUCAUUUCCACCCUUACCUCUACCCGUCUCCACCGAUGCGACGUGAAUGCUACGCGUGGCAUCGCAGAGGCGGCUGUAAACACAUGGCCCACGUUCUCGUCGAGCAUGAAUUGAGUCCCCAUGAGCGAAUGCCUGUCGAUUACCUCGAGCCCGUCAAGGCGCUGUGGGCCGAUAGCGGCGUUCGAUCUGCUGUUGAGCUGGGCAAUGAAUACGCCCUCUUCGUUGAGGAUGUCGACAGGCUCUGGGCCGAAGAUUACGUCCCCGACGACCAAGAUCUUCUCCGAUCCCGACUGCGAACCACAGGCAUUACAGAGACCAUCUUCGACCUCGGACAGUUGACCUACCGAAUGUUCGAUGUGGGUGGCCAGCGCUCAGAACGAAAGAAGUGGAUCCACUGUUUCGAGAACGUAAACUGCCUGCUGUUCCUUGUCGCCAUCAGUGGAUACGACCAGUGUCUAGUGGAAGACAAGGAUGGUAACCAAAUGAACGAGGCCCUCAUGCUCUGGGAGUCGAUCGCCAAUUCCCACUGGUUCACCAAAUCGGCCCUGAUUCUGUUCCUCAACAAGAUGGACCUGUUCAAGGAGAAGUUGCCCAAGAGCCCCAUCACCAACCACGGCUUCACCGACUACCACGGCCCCAAGGAUGACUACAAGGCCGCUAGCAAGUACUUCUUGGACAAGUUCAAGGCGCUGAACCGGAACACGGAGAAGGAGAUUUAUGGCCACUUUACCAACGCCACCGACACAAAUCUUCUCAAGAUCACCAUGGCCUCGGUGCAGGACAUGAUCAUUCAGCGCAACCUGAAGCAGCUCAUACUGUAA